GUUUUACAUAUGCACAUAUGAGAUAGCGUUGAAGCAUCGGAGCUUGUUUCCAUCUCCGAAUUUUAGUCUCGGGAACUCCAAGACUUCGACUUGCUUACUUACAUGCUACAUAUAUAUUUCUAUGUAGUAGUAAAUACAUAGUAGUAAGUAAGUUCAAGUUGCUCUAUCCUUUACAACCAUUCUAAACAUAUCUUUCAGGCACCAUGAAUUGCCAGCAGCCAUUACGGCGUGCUGUAUUGCGACAGCUUCCCACCCUCACACCGACUACCAUGACACAAUCGACCCGUUACUUCUCUCGAUUCUCUCCCGGAGGUCCUAUUCAACCGACGCAAAGCGGAAUUCCGUUGCCCUACAUAACAGAAGUCACUUCUGGUGGCUGGAGGACCUAUGAUAUAUUCUCUAAGCUAUUACAAGAAAGAAUAAUAUGCCUGAAUGGAACCAUAGACGACACUGUGUCCGCCUCUAUAGUCGCGCAGUUGCUUUGGCUAGAGUCUGAUAAUCCGGAUAAGCCGAUUACUAUGUAUAUUCAUUCACCUGGAGGGUCUGUGACGGCCGGUCUUUCGAUAUAUGACACCAUGGCCUAUAUUCGUUCACCGGUAUCGACAGUGUGUUUGGGCCAGGCCGCCUCUAUGGGCUCAUUAUUGCUUACGGGUGGCGAGAAGGGGAGACGGUUCGCUUUGCCUCACAGUAGCAUCAUGAUUCACCAACCCUUGGGAGGAACACAGGGCCCCGCGAGCGAUAUCUUGAUUUAUGCGAACCAGAUGCAGCGGAUUCGCGAGCAGCUCAACGAGAUCUACCGAAAGCACCUAAAUGCGGCAUUUGAUCACGAGAAGUAUAAUAUCAAAGAAGUGGAGGAUAUGAUGGACCGCGACAAGUAUUUGACAGCACAAGAAGCCAAGGAGAUGGGUAUUGUCGAUGAGAUCCUUACUAGAAGAGACAAUAAGAAACCCGAAGAAGGGAGUAAGAAAAGCGGCGUAUAACGACUAGCAAGGCUUCAUACGUGAGUACCUACCUACGUAUCUACAUAGUGUGGUAUGACCUAGCUGUGCCGCAACUACUAUUACACUAUGUCCUUUAGCACCGAAUUAUGUUACCAAUUUCGAAUCUAUCACCCAUUAUUUGAAUCCUUGCCUACCUACCUUCAUACUUCCGCUCAUGCAUCCGCUCAUGCAUGCCAUAUGAAGUAGGCGUCCGCUAAUAGUAUCAAAAUUUGAAUGUGCACAUAUGCACACAACCUUGGAAGUAAUAUAUAAUGGGUAUACUGACUAA